GGCAGGGCUCCCCUCCAGCCCAGCUCCCGCGCGGCGCUGUCGCUUUAAGGGCGGCCGGGCCGUCCCGUGGUGCACCGCGCCGGGCGCGCGCAGGGGAGCGUGGCCGGCGUCCGUCCGCGCGCUGGGUGCCGCCGGGCGCCACGCGGGUCUGAGGGGCCGCGAGCCCAGCACCGACCCGCGCAGCCGCCGGCCCGGCCCCCGCCGCCGCCUCCCGGGCCCGCUCUCCCGCCGCCGCCGCCGCCGCCGCCGCCAUGUCUGCGGGCCUCUCCUUCGGCGCGGGCACCCUGGGCUCCACGGCGGCCGCCGGGGCAGGAGGAGGAGGAGGAGCAGUCGGGGGUUUUUCCUUCGGAAGCGCCACGCCGAGCUCAACAGGAGGACUUAAUUUUGGAACUCUGGGCUCUUCCACUGCUACAGCAACUACAUCAGCUCCUUCAUUGGGCUUUGGGAGUGGACUUUUUGGAUCAAAAUCAACCACUGGCUUUACUCUAGGAAGCACCAGUACAGGAACAGCAACAACUAUUGCUACAGGACUGACAUUAGGCACACCUGCCACCACAUCAUCAGCUACCACAGGCUUUAGUUUAGGUUUCAACAAACCUGCAGGUUCAGCCACGCCAUUUGCUUUACCUGUUACUUCUACCUCAGCGGGUGGCCUGUCAUUGUCAUCUGCUCUUACAUCAACUCCUGCAGCAGGAACUACUGGCUUUACAUUGAAUUUGGGUGGCACAACUGCUCCGACUACGACUGCUUCCACAGGUCUUUCCUUAGGAGGAGCCUUAGCAGGAUUGGGAGGGUCACUCUUCCAGAAUACAAGCACAGCAGCAACAGGACUUGGGCAGAAUGCUUUGGGUUUGUCUCUGGGGACAGCUGCAGCUCCUUCAACUACUGCCAAUGAAGGUCUUGGUGGCAUUGACUUCAGUAGUUCUUCAGACAAAAAGAGUGAUAAAACAGGAACAAGACCAGAAGAUAGCAAAGCACUGAAGGAUGAAAAUCUACCUCCAGUAAUAUGUCAAGAUGUAGAAAAUCUACAGAAAUUUGUGAAAGAACAAAAACAAGUUCAGGAAGAAAUUAGUAGAAUGUCCUCUAAAGCAAUGCUUAAAGUACAAGAAGACAUUAAAGCUUUGAAACAGCUUCUCUCUGUAGUUGCCAGUGGAUUACAGAGAAACAUUCUUAAUAUUGACAAGCUGAAAGUUGAAACUGCACAGGAGCUGAAGAAUGCAGAAAUAGCAUUGCGAACACAGAAGACUCCUCCUGGUCUUCAGCACGAAAAUACAGCCCCAGCAGACUACUUCAGAAUCUUGGUUGAACAAUUUGAAGUACAGCUGCAGCAGUACCGGCAACAGAUUGAAGAACUGGAAAAUCAUCUCACUACUCAAGCAAAUAAUUCACACAUAACUCCACAAGAUUUGUCUAUGGCUAUGCAGAAAAUCUAUCAAACAUUUGUAGCUUUAGCUGCACAACUUCAGUCAAUACAUGAAAAUGUAAAGAUGCUCAAAGACCAAUACCUUGGCUACAGGAAAAGCUUUCUGGGAGAUGCCAUGGAUGUGUUUGAGGCAAGACGAACAGAAGCUAAGAAGUGGCAAAGUGCCCCGCGCGUUACCACUGGACCGACCCCUUUCAGCAACAUACCAAAUGCAGCAGCCGUUGCAAUGGCUGCAACACUUACUCAGCAGCAGCAGCCUGCUACAGGGCCACAGCCAUCUCUGGGAGUUAGUUUUGGAACGCCAUUCGGCUCAGGUAUUGGCACUGGCUUGCAAUCAAGUGGCUUAGGUUCUUCAAGCCUUGGAGGAUUUGGAAGUAGCUCUGCCUUUGGAAGUAGUGCCACAGGAGCAUCAUCAUUUGGGUUUGGAACUACAAGUAAACCAUCAGGAAGUCUAAGUGCAGGCUUUGGGAGCUCGACUACAUCUGGGUUUAACUUCAGCAAUCCUGGCAUCACAGCAUCAGCUGGCCUGACGUUCGGGGUGUCUAAUCCUGCAUCUGCAGGCUUUGGGACAGGAGGGCAACUUCUUCAGCUGAAGAAACCUCCAGCUGGAAACAAGCGAGGGAAAAGAUAGGCACCCCUUUUAGGGACGGGGAAGUGCAUCAACUUUCUUCAUCUGAAAAGUCUAUUUUUCUAGAUUGAUACGUUAAUUAAAUUGCAUCCCAGGAGAUUUAUAAAAAUUUUGCUACUUUUCCCUAGUGAAAUCAUAUUGAACAGCUAUUUUCUUGUGAAUAGAAACCCAUUUAUGUAUUUUUAUUUUAGGCCCUAGUUUUAGAAAUGUUCUAUACUGCAUUAUUAUUAAAGAAUCUUGUAAAAUCAUCUAUUUAACCUAAUGUUAGUAGCAGAAUAUUUUUUGUUAAUAAGCUUUAUACCAUAUGAAUAUAUGCAUAUUUGUUUUUUUUGUACAGAUAAAAUAUAUUCUAGUACAAAUACUAGAGUUCAUAUCUUCUGUUCCUGGAUAUGGCCUUUAAAUCUACUUCAGGGUGUUUUUGUGUAUAUGGAUGUAAAUAUAUACAGUACAGUGCACACAUCUGUGUGUAUGUAUGUGUAUAUAUAUAUAUGUAUAAAACACAGAUGUGCAUACCUUCCCCCAUAGACAGAUUUUCUUUUCUUUGUGUGUUCUGUUUCUCCAUGUUGUCCCGUGGACUGUAUCUUGAUGUUCCUAGGAAUUUCAAAAAGUGGGUCCCAGGCUGUGUCAUCAUUGCUUCUGUGUUUUGUUGUAUAAAACCAGCUGAAAUACAAUGUUUACUAUUUCAUAAACUUUGCUAGAUAGUGGUUAGUAGCUGGUUUGGUUUGGUUUGGUUUUUUUUAACCUUUUUCUUGGCCCAUUUAGCAGCCAACUCUAAAGAGGAGUCUGAGAUUUCAACACAGACAUUUCAUAGGUAGUGUUCCCAAACUGUUUGAUUUCAUUUUUCUCCUGAGCUGAAGAGCAGAGCACUGCAGGAUUUCAGCUGAAAGCUCAGGAUGCCACUGAAAGGUCUGUGUGCAAGCAGGAGUUGCCAGGCUGGAUGAGCUUUUUCUUGCAUUUGAGGGAGAUAGGAUGCGCUGUCCUAAUGAUAACCCAAAUUAAGUGUUACAAACCCAAGCUGAUUCAAGAGCUUCUCAUCAGCACUGCCUUAAAAGCAGCUGGGCAUCUACUUUCAAACAAGGUGUAGUACAGUAAUUUGCUGCUCAAGAACAGAGGAGGAAAAUGGUGUAAUUUGAAGGUUAAAGCUAUUGCAGCAUUAGUUUAUGAAUCCUACAUACCGCAACAUCACAGCUUGUUGUUCUGCAUCUCCAAUUUGGUGUGCACUAGGAAUAUCCAGGAAAAUAUCUUAAAAAUUAAAUAAUAAAACAAUGGAUUCUUUGCAAAUAAUGAUACCAGGUUGAUGUGUGAGCAUGAAAUUUUGGAGCCAAGUUGAUUUUACGUAGAGGUUUUGUCAUUUGCUUUCUAUUGUUAGUGUUACUACCAUUUUGUAUGUUUUGGAAGUGUCUGCAUUCAGCAGUGAUUGCUCUUUGACAAAUGGUUUGUCAAUCUGAUAAAAUUAAGGGAAACUGAGCACAGAAUUCGUCACUUUUGUACUUGUAUGUUAUUGCAUCUUUGUGAGCAGUCUCUUAGGAAGGGAUAUGUGGUUUUUUUUAAUGUUACAGAAAAAUAAAGCUUACGGUUUAUUUUGAUUUCAACCUGUUUUUAAACUUUUAUUGGGCUGCAGUCAAAACUGUAAUGUUUGUAUUCCUUUGUUACUGCUUUUUUUAAUAGUUAAUAUGUUAAACCACUGGACUCUUAUAAUGUAUUAAUUUGUGAAACUAAUUCUAAAUGUGUACUUUUUGUCCAUAUGUGCAACUUACCAUUGUGCAAACAAUAAAACAAUAAUGCUGUGAUCCUUGUAAUA